ACCUGAUCCAGGCCAGCCAGGAGACCACUGUGAAUGUCCCCCAGAUGGUCGACACGCUAAUGGAGAGGGCUGGAAAUGCCAGCUGGGUGGUGGUCUUCAAAGCCCUGAUCACUACACACCAUCUCAUGGUGCAUGGCAAUGAGAAAUUUAUUCAGUUGCUGGCAUCUCGAAACACAUUGUUCAACCUUGCCAACUUCCUGGACAAAACUGGAUCCCAUGGCUACGACAUGUCCACGUUCAUCAGACGCUACAGCCGCUAUCUGAACGAGAAGUCCUUCGCCUACAGACAGAUGUCUUUUGACUUUGUCCGAGUCAAGAAGGGAGCUGAGGGAGCGAUGAGGACCAUGUCAGUAGAGAAGCUGUUGAAAGGAAUGCCCACCCUGCAGAGCCAGAUUGACGCGCUGCUGGAUUUUGAGGUGAGUGACACUCCAUAAUAGAGAGCAAAGCCAUUUUGCAAAG